AUGACUAUGAUCAAAGCAGAUGUGGUAUAUGGAGAUUCAAUAGACACAGACAUGGAGGUCCUGCUGAGCCUCAAGGCAUUUAUGCAACAACAUAACAGGGUAAAUCAAGGCCAAUACUCAAAAUGGAACCAGAGCAACAACCCAUGUGAGUGGCCUAGAAUAUCAUGUAAUGAUGAACAGAGAGUCAGUGCAGUUGAUCUCUCUGAUAGCGAAAUCUCUGGUGAGGUUUUCAGAAACUUCUCUGCCCUGACAGCAUUGUCAUACCUUGACCUAUCCAUGAACACUUUGCAUGGCGUUAUCCCAGAGGACCUGAGUCAAUGCCAGAGCCUCAAAUACCUCAACCUGUCACAUAACAUUCUUGAUGGUGAGCUGAAAUUGCAAGGGUUAAAUCAAUUAGAGGUUCUUGAUUUGGCUAUAAACAGGUUUUAUGGGGACAUGAAUAUUAGCUUCCCUGGAAUUUGCAAAAACUUGGUAGUUGCAAAUGUUUCAUCUAAUAACUUUACUGGUAGGAUUGAUCAGCACUUUGAUGAAUGCUUGAAUUUGCAGUACUUCGAUUUGAGCUCAAACAGAUUUAGUGGUGAUUUGUGGGUCAGGUUCACAAGGCUUAGGGAGUUUUCAGUGUCCGAAAAUAAUCUCAGUGGGGCUAUUUUGCCUUCUAUUUUCAAUGGUAGUUGUAGCUUGGUGAAUUUGGACCUGUCAGAAAAUGAAUUUUCUGGUGAAAUUGCAAAAGGGAUAUCAAAUUGCCGGAAUCUGGUUACAUUGAAUCUAGGGGGAAACAAAUUUACAGGGCCAAUUCCAUCUGAGAUUGGAAGCAUUUCGAGUCUGAAAUAUUUGUUCUUGGAAAAUAAUACUUUUUCUAGAGUGAUCCCGGAAUCCCUUUUGAAUUUGAGCAGCUUGGUGUCCUUGGAUUUUGGCAGAAACAAUUUUGGUGGGGAUGUUCAAGAAAUUUUUGGAAGAUUCACGCAGGUGAAGUUUCUUGUGCUGCACUCAAACUCAUACACUGGUGGUAUACAUUCAUCUGGAAUUCUUAAGCUACCAAAUGUAUCUCGGUUAGAUCUCAGCUACAACAAAUUUACUGGUUCUUUACCAGUUGAAAUUGCUCAAAAGUCAAGCUUGAAGUAUUUGUUCCUUGCCUAUAAUCACUUCAGUGGAACAAUACCACCAGAGUAUGGAAAUUUGUCACACCUCCAAGCACUAGACCUUUCCUCCAACAGCCUAUCUGGACCAAUACCUCCCACCAUAGGAAACUUGAAAUCUCUCAUGUUUCUUAUGCUUGCAAAUAAUUUGCUAACAGGUCCAAUUCCUAAGGAGUUGGGGGAUUGUACUAGCUUGUUGUGGCUGAAUCUUUCAAACAACAAUCUUACUGGGAUAAUCCCAGCUGAACUGAAGAAUAUUGGAACAAAUGUUGGUCCAACAUUUGAAUCAAACAAUCAGGACAAGGAUCGAAUUGUAGCUGGAUCCGGGGUGUGCUUAGAAAUACAGAGAUGGAUUCCAGCAGACUACCCUUCAUUCAGCUUUUUGUAUAAAAUCCUCACAAGGAAGAGUUGUCAAAACAUGCAGGAUCAGCUCUUCAAGGGAAAUGGUCUGUUUCCCAUAUGUGUUGCUGGUUCUACAAUAAGGACAUUACAAAUCUCCGGUUACAUUCAACUGAGUGGGAAUCAACUUUCAGGUCAAGUCCCUCCAGAAAUUGGUGAGAUGCAAACUAUUAGUAUGUUGAAUUUAGCUUUCAAUAAAUUUUAUGGAGAACUCCCUGCAGAGAUUGGACAAAUGACACUAGUAGUGUUGAACCUCACUAAGAACAGUUUUUCGGGCCAAAUACCAAUGGAAAUUGGAAACAUGAAGUGCAUGCAGAAUCUGGAUUUGUCUUAUAACUACUUUUCUGGUGAAUUCCCUCCUUCCUUAAACAGCUUGACUGAGCUAAGUAAGUUCAACAUCUCAUACAAUCCACUCAUCUCUGGUGUAAUUCCUGCCAGUGGGCAACUAGCAACAUUUGACAAACAGUCCUACCUUGGUGACCCCCUCCUCAUCCUUCCAAAAUUCAUUGUCAACUCCAAAGAUAAUGGGGAUACCCUUCCUAAGUUUAUCGACAACUCCACAGAUGAUGAGGAUGAGGUUAUAAGAAAUGGAUUCUACAAUAGCAUGGGAGUUGGGUUUGUAGUUGGAUUUUGGGGAGUUUGUGGGAGCUUGAUUUUGAUCAGGUCAUGGAGACACUCAUACUUCUGUUUCUUGAAUCUUCUCCAUGACUGGCUUUAUCUGAGGGUGGCUUGGAUCAGGCAAAAACUAAAGGACAUUCUAAGAAGAUCAUAAUUGGUUGUUGGUAAUCUCUCAUUUCAAUUCUGUUCAUGACAAUAAUUGUUAUUUGGAAUUUAAUUAAUAAAACAUUUUUCGUCU